AUGGCCCCAUCUUCACGUACAGCAGAGGUGUUUCGCGUCAUGCGCGACGCUGUCGAGCACGACGGUCCGUCGCUCGUGAGUCGUGUACAGAGCGUGAUCCAGUUUGAGGUCGAAGACGCUGGCGUGUGGCUCGUGGAUCUCAAGACUAGUCCCGGUAGUGUCAAGACAGCGACGACAGCAGACGGGGCGGCUGAUGUGACCAUCACUCUGUCUGAGGAUACUUUUCUCAACAUGGUGGACGAUAAGAUAGUCCCACAGCAGGCGCUCAUGAAGGGACUGGUCAAGGUCAGAGGCAACAUGAGACAGGCCAUGAAGCUAAAUGUGGUGCUAGCGGCUACUCGCAAGCAUCUCGAGAUGAAGAGCGUGGACAAGCAAGGGCCGACUGCUGUGGUGUCUGAUGUUGCUCCGCCGACCGCUCCCGCGCUGACGAAAAGUCUUGACUCGAAAGAGCUUUUCCGUCUGCUUGGCGAGGUCGUGGUGACAGACGGAGCUGCAAUGGCCAAGAAAGUGAAAGGCGUCAUCCAAUUUGAUAUCCCAGGUGCUGGCCAGUGGCAUUUGGACCUGAAAAGCGACGUGCCGGCACUGACGGAAGACGUGAAGAAGGCAGAUGUGGUCAUUACGGUCAGCGACAGCGACUUUGUAGCGAUCGCGAUGGGAAAACUGAAUGCCCAACAGGCGUUCAUGAAAGGCAAGCUCAAGCUCAAGGGCAACAUGAUGCUUGCCAUGAAGCUGCCGGUCGUGUUCAACGCACUCAAGCCGGUGUCCAAGCUGUAA